AUGGCUCCAACUCCAAGAAUCUUGAUCUUUGGCACAGGGAGCAUCGGUGCGACGUAUUCUUUUGUGUUUUCCCGAGCUGUGCCGGCAUCGAACAUCGUCACAGUCUGUCGAUCCAAUUUUGACUCUGCAUUCAAAGAUGGCUUCACAAUAAACUCCUCGCUGUGGGGACAGAAUCUAAAGGUUCGCCCUGUCGUUGUCCGAUCUGUCGAAGAAGCUACAGCAGCUGAUCCAUCCCAUUUCGAUUAUGUCUUGAUUUGCUCCAAGGCAGUGCCUACUGUUCCUUCUACCGCCGAGCUGAUAAGACCCGCUAUCUCACCCAAGACAACUAUCGUCUUGAUACAGAAUGGAAUUGCUAUUGAAGAACCCUAUGCCAAGAUGUAUCCGGACAAUCCAUUGCUGAGUACAGUGGUGUACCUUCCGGCUAGUCAACCCAGCCCGGGGGUAAUUUUACACAAGGAAGUCGAGUUCCUCCACAUCGGCCCUUACCCGGCUUCGUCAAGCAUAGAACCUGCCAACCAGUUUGCAAAUCUCCUAAAAGCUAGUGGUGGAAGCGCAAAAGUCCAUCAAGACGUCCAAUUUGAGCGCUGGUCGAAGCUUCUGGUCAACACUUCCUGGAAUCCAAUUUGUGCUUUAUCACGCUCCGGAGACGCACAGGUCUUGCAGUCAAGCCCCGAGGCGAAGAACUUGAUUCGGGAUGUCAUGCUGGAGAUUAAGGCUGUUGCAAAUGCGUGUGGCUAUGAGAAAAUUGAUACUGCCCUUGUUGACUUUCAACUUGGGAGGGCAACGAUCCGAGAAUUACCUGGGGUAGCGCCUAGCAUGCUCGUAGAUGCACUUGCUGGAAGAAACAUGGAGGUUGAAGCCAUCGUUGGGAAUGUCGUGAGACUAGCCCAAGAUCAUGGGGUUGAAACUCCAAUGUUGAGGACUAUUUAUGUGCUAGCCUCUGCUUUGAAUUGUAGCUUUAGCUAUGGAUCAUGA